AGGAUAAAGUAACUAGGAGGAGAUCAGGCUAUCGAUCCCAAAUCACCCUCCUUUCUUUAUAUAGUUCUUAGGACACCAGCACUCCACGUCUCACCCCUUAUUUUCCUGGACAUUCUGAGUGUGAACUCCAGUUUUAGAUCAUCCCUAGGGAACUACUGUUGCUGUUGUGCAAAGACGUUUCCUAAAAGGAGAGCUUUCCCAGAGGUGCCAUUGCCACCAGAUCAAGGUCACCACUGCUGAGCUUCUGCCAUACAGAGACAUGGCUUGGGCCUCCAGCAUUGAUGCAUUCUUUAAGAAUUUUAAGAGGGAAAGCCAAAUCCUCUCUGAGGAAACCAUCACCUUGAUUACAUCCCACAUUCAGAAAAAGAACCUCCAGGAGGCACUUUCUGUCAUCCACAAUGCACUGAAAGACAUCGAGAACGCCCCCCUGAACAUUGCUGUAACAGGGGAGACUGGGACAGGGAAAUCCACCUUCAUCAAUGCCCUGAUGGGGAUGGGGCAGGAAGACGAAGGUGCAGCCCCCACUGGGGUAACUGAGACAACCAUGGAGAGAAUGCCAUACCCACACCCAAAGCUUCCUCGGGUGACAAUAUGGGACCUGCCUGGCAUUGGGUCCACUAAAUUCCCACCACAAAACUACCUAACAAAAAUGAAGUUUGCUGAGUAUGACUUCUUUGUUAUCAUCUCUGCUUUACGCUUCAAAGAAAAUGAUGCACAACUAGCAAAAGCCAUUGAAAUGAUGAAGAUGAAUUUCUACUUUGUCCGAACAAAGAUAGAUAAUGACAUAUAUAAUGAAAAGAAAAGUAAACCUAGAACUUUCAGUAAGGAGAAUGUCCUGAUGAAAAUUCAAGAUGACUGUUCAAAGCAUCUCAAGGCAGCCCUCUCCAGUGUACCUCAAAUCUUCUUGGUCUCUAACUUUGAUGUGUCUGAGUAUGACUUCCCAAAGCUGCAAUCUACCCUAUUGGGUGAGCUCCCAGCCCACAAGCGCUACAUUUUCAUGCUGUCCUUAAACAAUGUUACUGAGGCCACCAUUAAUCUCAAGAGAGAUUCCCUGAAGCAGAAAGUCUUCCUAGAAGCCCUGAAGGCUGGCGCAUUGGCCAUCAUUCCAUUGGUUGGCAUGAUCAGGGAUGAGUUACAGGAUCUGAAUGAAACAUUCAAUCUCUACAGGUCUUACUUUGGGCUGGAUGAUGCCUCAUUGGAAAACAUUGCUAAAGAUUUUAACAUGUCUGUGGAUGAACUCAAGGUACAUCUUCGCUUUCCAAAUUUGUUUGCAGAAGGCAACAAUGUAUCCUUAGGGGAAAAACUAUUGAAUUAUAUUGAACUCAUUUCCUCAUUAACUGGUGGUCCAUUGGCUGCUAGGUUUUACUACAGAAAGACUUAUUAUCUGCAAAAUCUCUUUCUUGAUGCUGCAGCAAAUGACGCCAAAGCUCUUCUUAAUAGGGAAGAUCUUUUUGAAGAGAAGGUGGGACCAUACAUAUCUAAGGCUCCCGAUUACUGGGAAUGAUGGACAAUGAGACACAAACUCCAAUCAGUGUUUACUUCUGACUGCUUUGAACAUUGAGUCAUAACCUACUCCUGAGUAACAGACCUUGUCUGUGGAGCCAAAGAGUUCAUCCUUUUCCUCAUCCUGAGCCAGAACACUGUGGCAAGUGCUCAAGUUGCUGUAGUAGUAGAAGUAGAGCCAUCAACAUUUUACAAAUGCAUGAGGAAACCUCAUUUACAAUAAAAAUCGUAUGUAAAAAAACACCCAUGAUAAUAUGGAUUUGAUUUGCAGUUUUGUGAUCAAGUGAAUCUUGGAUCUUUUACCCCUGUGAAAGUCUUCACACACUUUUGCACUCUUAGAGCCAGGCCUGCUUUGUCACAUUGCUUUGAAGGCAUCUGGUGCCCAACACUGUUGCAGGGGACAAGUCCAAGUGGAUAGCCUCUUGGGGAAUGUGGCAAGAGAUCCAGGAGCCAGGUGAAAAGCAAAAGUCAACUUCUUUAUUGAAGGUAUGGGCAGGAGAUCCAGGAGUGAUGGCAAGCUGGAAUAAUUUAUUGUCUCUCUCUCUUUCAUUGGCUCAGGCCAUCAUGAUGUCAGCGGUCUCCAGGCCUCGAGGCAGACUUUAGUCUGGCUCAAGAGGAGGUUGACUGGCCUGAAGCUAGUUGUUAACCUCCUUCUAUACAACACUGUGUAGACAAACACACCUCCUCUAGAGGUGUGAGCCCCACACAGGAGGCAUACAACAGGCAGGGACUGUGACCAUUAGCCAAGUUCCAUCCAGGAGGAGCUUGGGAAAAACAAAAAAGUAAACACAUCUGUAGAUCCUCUUGGUCCACACAAAUAAAGGUACAUAUUUCAUAUUCUUCCCUAGCCAAUCUGAGUGAAUUGGAAAUUCACACUAUGUGAUUGGCAACUGAAACUUUAAUUAUUAACUGUCUCUCCUUGUAAUUUCACUCAUUAGGAAAAUAAGAAAAAAAAUCUGCUUGAAUGCUUUUCUCAAAUCUCCCAGGGUACUAUUGGUACUUGCUGUCAUUUGAACUGGGCCAGAAUGUAGCCCAGUUUCACUACUCUGUUGACCAUUCAUCUCUAUUAUGGAAUUUUCAGACAGUAUGACAGAAUGUGCAAUGGGCAUGAGAACCCUAUGACAGAUUACCUUGAUUAUUUUAUUUUGUUAUAUUUCAUUAUAAAGGAAGAACCAUCUUUCUUUACACAUAGUUCUUUAUUGAUUUUUGGGGGGAUUUCCAACCCAUAUCACUUCCCAGUCCCUCCUUAUCUGCCCCUCACUUCUGUAGCAUCCCCUACAAAAGAUACCAGCCAAAUUAAUUAAAAACAAACAGAAACCAUUUGCCUCUCCCUCUUUCCCAUCUCUCUAAUACCACUUCAUUUGACAUAGCAGCUUUGGAAGAUGUGGUGUGUCCCACCCUUUUGUCUAAUGGACUUGAAAAUGUCCAUUGCAAUGAGCCAUUGGUCCAGUUCAAGGCCUCUGGCACACCAUCAUCACUGCACCCUCACAGAAACUCCUCUUGCUUAUCCUGCCAUUCCCUGAGUCUUGGAGAACC